GGCGAAGCGGUGGCGGCGGCGGCGCCUGGCGCCUAUAAGGAGGGAGCUGUCCAGCGCGGCUCUUGCUGAAUCCCGAGCGCGGCAGGCGGAGCGGUGGAUGCUGCCAGGACCCGGCGGGUGGAUGUGGGCGCCUUUCCCGCUGCUUAGAGGAAGAGGAGGAGGAGGAGGAGGAGGCGGCUUGAGCCAAGCAGGGUCUUCUCUUCUCCCCUUGCCUCCCGCCUCAAGAGCGCUUGGAUGCCGGGUGGAGUAGAUGCGCGCAGGGAAGGCAGGGCUGCCCCAGUCUGAGCUCGGGAGAUGAGGGGCCGGCAGGGACGCGCUCAGAGGAUGGAGCCUUUGCCCCGACUCUUCGGCCUCUCGACUUUCCUCCUGGUCGGCUUCUGCCGCCUUGGAUUAGCAGCUUCCAACUAUAAUUGUGAGGACCCACUGGUAUUCUCAUUACCUGAGACAGCAUUUGACAGCUCCUCCGAACUUUCCAGCACUCACAGCCCCAGCUUUGCAAAGCUCAUCAAACGAGAUGGAGCUGGUGGCUGGUCCCCCUUGGAUUCUAAUAGAGAACAAUGGCUCCAGAUUGAUUUGGGAGACAGAGUGGAGAUUACAGGUGUUGCUACCCAAGGAAGAUAUGGGAGCUCCGAUUGGAUAACAAGCUACAGUCUAAUGUUUAGUGAUAUAGGUCGCAACUGGAAGCAGUAUCGAGAAGAAGACAUCAUCUGGGUCUUCCAAGGGAACACCAAUGCUGACAGUGUUGUCCAGCACAAGUUUCUGCAUUCAGUUAAGGCUCGGUUUGUGCGCUUUAUUCCUCUGAAAUGGAAUCCCAGUGGAAAUAUAGGCCUACGGGUAGAAGUUUUUGGGUGUUCAUACAAAUCUGAUAUUGCUGACUUUGACGGAAGGAGCUCCCUCCUCUACAGGUUCAACCAGAAGCUGAUGAGUACUUUCAAAGAUGUUGUUUCCCUGAAGUUCAAGAGCAUGCAGGGAGAUGGGGUCCUGUUUCAUGGAGAAGGACAGCGUGGAGAUUAUAUUACCCUGGAGCUGCAAAAUGGGAAGCUUUCUUUACACAUCAACCUGGGAGAUGCCAAGCUACGUUUCAAUAAUGGCCACACCACUGUCACCUUAGGCAGUCUCUUGGAUGACCAGCACUGGCACUCAGUUCUCAUUGAGAGAUUCAAUAAGCAAGUGAACUUCACAGUGGACAAGCACAUGCAGCAUUUCCGGACGAAGGGAGAUUCGGAUGACUUGAACAUUGAUUAUGAGCUCAGUUUUGGAGGAAUCCCAGUCCCUGGAAAACCAGGAACUUUUCUGAAGAAAAAUUUCCAUGGCUGUAUUGAGAACCUUUAUUACAAUGGAGUCAACAUCAUUGACCUGGCAAAAAGACGGAAGCCACAAAUCUACACUGUGGGUAAUGUGACUUUUGCCUGCUCAGAACCACAAAUCACUCCCAUCACCUUCAACAGCUCUAACAGCAGUUACUUGCUGUUACCAGGCACUCCCCAGCUUGACGGUCUGUCAGUCAGCUUCCAGUUUCGUACGUGGAACAAGGAUGGGCUCCUCUUGUCCACUGAGCUAUCAGGAGACUCUGGCUCACUCCUGUUGUAUCUCCAGCAUGGGAGGUUGGCACUCAUCAUCCAGAAGGUAGCAGAGAAGCAUGUGACCAUCAGCACAGGCAGUAAUCUCUAUGAUGGCCUAUGGCACUCAGUUAACAUCAAUGCUAGGAGACAUCGGAUCACACUAACUCUAGAUAAUGAUGUCACAUCAGCUGUUCAUGCAACCACAGUUUCUCAGAUUUAUUCAGGGCACAGCUACUUUUUUGGAGGGUGCCCUGACAAUUUCACUGAUUUGAAAUGUUUAAAUCCCAUUACGGUUUUUCAAGGCUGCAUGAGACUCAUUUUUAUUGAUAACCAGCCCAAGGACCUCAUUUUAGUUCAGCAAGGUUCCCUGGGGAAUUUUAGCGAUCUGCGCAUUGAUCUCUGUGGCAUCAAAGACAGGUGUUUGCCGAACUAUUGUGAACAUGGAGGAAAAUGUUCCCAGUCUUGGAUGACAUUCCACUGUGAUUGCAGUGAAACUGGUUAUGCGGGAUCAACAUGCCAUAAUUCUAUUUAUGAGCAAUCAUGUGAAGCCUAUCGGCACCAAGGGAAAACUUCUGGUAUCUUCCACAUUGAUUCAGAUGCAAGUGGUCCACUUCCACCACUUUUAGUCUACUGCAAUAUAACAGAAGAUAAGAGCUGGACUGUAGUCCAGCACAACAACACUGAGCUGACUCGAGUCCGUGGGGCUGAUCCUGGGAAGCCAUAUGCCAUGAGCUUUAACUACAACAGCAGCAUGGAGCAGCUGGAGGCAGUGAUAAAUAGUGCCGAAUACUGUGAACAGGAGGCAGCUUACCACUGCAAAAAGUCACGCCUGCUCAACACCCCAAAUGGAAUGCCAUUUGUUUGGUGGGUUGGCCGUGCCAACGAAAAGCAUCCUUACUGGGGAGGGUCUAUUCCUGGAGUCCAGCAGUGUGCAUGUGGAUUAGAAGAAAGCUGCCUGGAUCUGAGAUACUUUUGUAACUGUGAUGCAGAUAAAGAAGAAUGGACCAAUGAUACUGGCUUCCUUUCCUUCAAAGAACACUUGCCUGUAAACCAGAUUGUCAUCACUGAUACAAACAGACCUAAUUCUGAAGCUGCCUGGAGAAUUGGGCCUUUGCGUUGCUAUGGAGAUAGACAGUUCUGGAACUCAGCUUCGUUCCUCACUGAGGCCUCGUACCUUCUCUUCCCCACCUUCCAUGCGGAGUUCACUGCAGAUAUUUCCUUCUUCUUCAAAACUGCAGCAACGUCAGGAGUCUUCUUGGAAAAUAUGGGAAUGAAAGACUUCAUUCGAGUUGAAAUAAGCUCUCCAAAAGAGAUCACCUUCACAGUAGAUGUUGGCAAUGGGCCAGUAGAAGUAAUUGUCCAGUCUCCAGUGCCCCUGAAUGACAACCAGUGGCACUAUUUGCAUGCUGAGAGAAAUCUCAAAGAAACUUCUCUUCAGGUGGAUGACCUUCCAAAGAAGAUCCUGGAAGCACCUACUGAAGGGCAUUUCCGACUGCAGCUGAAUAGUCAGCUAUUUGUAGGAACAACUGCUUCCAGACAGAGAGGUUUUGUGGGUUGUAUUCGCGCCCUUCAUCUCAAUGGUCAGAAACUAGACAUUGAAGAGAGGGCUAAAGUGACUCCUGGAGUCAAACCCGGAUGCCCUGGACACUGCAGUAGCUAUGGCAACCUUUGCCACAAUGGAGGAAAGUGUGUGGAAAAGUUUAAUGGCUACUUAUGUGAUUGCACCAAUUCACCAUAUGAAGGACCAUUCUGCAGAGAAGAGAUUUCUGCACUUUUUGAAGUUGGUACUUCCAUCACCUAUGUUAUCCAGGAACCGUAUCCUGUGACCAAAAAUGCAAGUUCUACAUCUUCUGCUAUUUAUGCAGACACCUUUAACUCCAAGGAAAAUAUUGCCUUUACUUUCCUGACAGCACAUGCGCCAAGCCUCCUCUUCUAUAUCAAUGCCUCUUCUCAUGACUACUUGGCUGUUAUUCUGUCUAAGAAUGGAAGCUUGCAAGUCCGAUACAGAUUGAGUAAGGACCGAUCCCUUAUUUUCACAAUUGAUUCUGGAAAUUUUGCUAACCGGGAACUACACCAUGUGAAGAUAAAUAGAGAUGGGAGAGAGUUAACUAUUCAGAUUGACCAGGUUCUCAAAGUCAAGCACAACUUUUCCUCGGAGGCAGACUUCAGGGCCAUUAAGUCGCUAGCCUUGGGGAAAGUCACAGAUGCCCAAGGACUCGACCCGGAAGUCUCAAAGGCAAACUCCUUUGGCUUUAUUGGGUGCAUGUCAUCUGUUCAGUACAAUCACAUAGCUCCAUUGAAAGCUGCCUUACGACAUCCCAGUAUAGCACCCGUGACAGUCUUGGGCUCCUUGUCUGAAUCAAAUUGUAGAGCUUUGGUAGCUCUUGAUGUGAAUACAGUGACUACAAUAUAUUCUUCAUCAGAUCCAUUUGGGAAGGUAGAUGAGAGAGAACCACUCACCAAUGCUGUCAGGAGUGAUUCAGCUGUCAUUGGAGGUGUUAUAGCAGUGGUCAUCUUCAUCAUCUUUUGUAUUGUGGCCAUUAUGAGCAGAUUUCUUUACCAGCAUAAACAGACACAUCGGAACAACCAGACAAAGGAAAAAGAAUACCCAGAACACCUCGAGAGUUCUUUUAAAGCUGAUGUUGACUUGCAGAAUACAGUGAGCGAGUGCAAACGAGAAUACUUCAUCUAGCAAACUCUUCAGAUGAUGAUGAUGAUGAUGAUGAUGAUGAUGAUACAGUAUGUUGUUUUACUCAUCAAUUUCUUUGGAAUUCCUCCAUCCUUUUGGAAAGAACUCACUUUGCACAGAAGAGAUGGGCAGCAGCUGCAGUAUCUCAUCUCUUCGUCUGAACACACCACAACAGUUAAUGCGUAACAGCUCAACCAACUGUGUGUUCUAUCUAAGUUGCUCAUAACAUGCAUGGUUGAUGGUUUAGUUUCUGGUUGACUGUUUAGUUUUUGGGCCCCAUUUAAGUCAUCAUUUCAUAUGGGACCUGAGUGAUAUAUACUAGAGGUAAAGUGUGCAAGCUAACUAUGUAGCAUCACAGCUAUUGCAACAAAGUAGUGGGAAAAAUAAGACCAAAUUAGCUCAUUUUUAAAAAUUGUAUGUUUAACAGGAGCCAAACCAGCAUAAGAGUUGUGUUGCAUAUUGGUGGUGCUGUCUUGAUUUUGCAAGCUGAAGAUCUGGAAGACUUUAUCCCCUCCGUAUCUUUCUACUGUAACCUUUUGACUUGAAGGUUCCUUUUCCUCUUAUCAUUUAUAUAAAAAUCUUGAUGGAAACAAUGCUCUAGAUUAGUGCUGAAUCAAAAUAUUUGAGUUAGAGACUGGAUAAAAAUGUCCCUUCAAAGAUAUUUAUGACUUUUCAUUGGCUUGAAGUUAGGAAUUAGGAAAAUUGUAAUUUUUUUCUGAGGAAAGAUGAAUGAAUGAUGACAGAAGGUUUUAGUCU